UGUCACUUUUUGUGGUCAAGCAAAAUUUGAGUCGCCGCGGAAGUUGGUCAACAUUUUUGUACAAAGUUUUAAAAAUAUUUAUUAAUUACAGCUUGUAACAACUAGCCGUAUCAAAAAUGACAUCACGUACGAUUAAUCUAGUACCCCCAAACGCCUACCCGGAUUCCUACUGCCGACUUUGCUUCUCGACGAGCCGCGUAAACCCGCUCACCGCCACCAGCACGGUGUCUGGCCAGAACGCGGCCCAAAUGAUCGACAAACACCUGGGCAUCCGGCUGACCGCGGCCGAUGACUUCCCGUGCGCGUUGUGCCAAAUCUGCGCGGAAAAGCUCGAGGAGUUGAAUGUUUGCAACGCGGACGGUUUGCUGGACGAGUGGCAGGACGAGGAUCUGCUGGAGUACAAGGCGAGCUGUGUCGCGGUGGAUGAGGCGAUUAGGAAGAAGCGGGGGGUGGGGUUGGGGAAGGGGUUAGUGGGGAAGGCUGGUGGGGACAAGACGAUUGUGUUGCCGUUUCAUAAGUUGAACGAUGGUCGGUACAAGUGUAAUGUAUGUCCGGAUGAGGAAUUUGAGUUUAUCUCGGCGUGUAUUAAGCAUUACCAGGAGGUGCAUCCGGUGUCGACGCUGAGCGAGAUUUCGACGGAACCGGCGCAGAAUUCGGCGAUUCGGGGGGAGAAGCAAUCUUUUAAUUGUGUGAGUUGUUCGGCGCGGUUUGAGAAUAUUGACGCGUUGAUUGAGCAUCGGGAGACGAACCAUCAGAGGACGACGUCGAAAAAGAGGAAAGCGGAUCAGCUGGAGGAGCCGGUGGUGGAGGUCGUUGGGAUGACGGAACCGUUUGUUGUUGCGGAAGGGGAGAUGCAGUACUAUCAGUGCGUUGUUUGUUCUUCCGUGGUUGAGAGCGUGAUGAGUCUGUUGGAGCACCGACUGCUGCACGUGCUGGACCCUUCGAAGCAAACGGCCGAAAGGUGGCUGAGCGACGCGACGAACAUUACGCUCACAAACGGGUUCAAGUGUCCGUACUGUAUUGAGCAGUUUGUAGAUUGUAAGAAUUACUACUUUCACCUGAAUGCCAUCCACGACAAGAGCAUGUGCGACUCGUGCGGGGAGUCUUGUGCGUCUUCUUCGCGGCUUGUGCUGCACCAGCGAACUCACCGCACGAACAACGACGGCCCGUUCGUGUGCGAUCUGUGCUCGAUUGGGGUUUAUACGCAGGCCGAGCUGGACGACCAUCGGCUGCACCAUCAGACGUUGAUUCCGAUCGACGCGGAGGAGGCGGUUCUGCCGGCGGCGGCACCGGACGAUUACUACUUUCUGGAUGGGCAGGCGAAUGACGAAUGCAUUCUUUCGGAUGACCUCCAGAAUGGCGAUUUAGUUGUUGAGGAUGCUUGUACCAAAGUUGUGGAGAUAAGUGACGAUGAAGAUUAAUCGAAUAAAUAGUAAUUUUAGCAAAAUUCA